GGGGCCCUGCUGGCUUGUUCCGUGUUGAUGUUAUAUUUAGUGCAGAAGAGGAGGCGGAGGUAUUUGGAGCUGGCAGCGUUGGUGCCGACGUUUGAGGGGAGGUUGCCGAUUGUCGGGCAUAUGUAUAAGCUGAUUGGGGGGAGUGAACGAUUCUGGGAGAAUGCUAAACAGGCCACCAUAGCAGCAGAAAAGGCAGGCGGCGUCUUAGCUAUCUGGGCAGGGCCUAACGUUGUAUUCCUUAUCAACGACCCAGAGGACGCCAUGACAGCGCUGAACACAUGUUUAGAGAAGAGCUACAUUUACAAGAUGGGCUCCAGUUGGGUCGGUGAUGGCCUCAUCACUGCCGAUGUGCCCACAUGGAAGCGGCACCGCAAGCUACUGAACCCUACGUUCAGUCAGCACGUUCUCGACGGGUUCCUGGCCAUAUUUAACCGGCAAGCGGCAUUGUUGGCUCAAGACUUAGAAGCUGAGGCUGGUAGAGGUCCAUUCGACCCCACGGAUUAUCUGACUGAGAGGACCUUGGAGUCUGUAUGCCGUAAGUUACAAUUGCUUCUCAGAGGGAGGAGCCUACCCACUAAACCCACACCGGCGUUUCCCACAAUAUUCUCCGCGAACAUUCUACCAGGACGCCCCCCCGGUAUCCCUGGUAUCCCCGGAAUUCCGCCGGGGCACCCGCAUCUGAGGGAGGAGGAAACGGCUGUUGGCAUAUCACUGGACGACAGAUCGGUCAUCGACACCAAAUACAAGAAAGCCGUAGAGACAGCGUUCGAUGUGCUAGCGCAGAGGCUGGCCAGCUUCUGGCUUCAUCCCGACUUCAUUUACCGCUUCACGGCGAUGAAGCAGAAGGAGGAUAUCGCCAUGGCUACGCUUCACAACAUGUCUAGAAGUGUUCUACACAAAAGGAGAAAGGAACGCCAAGAAGCUAGGCUAGCUAACACAUCAUCUCGCCGCUUCAUAGCCUUCCUGGAUCUCCUCCUCGACCUGGCCGAAGACGGCUCCUUCACAGACGAUCAGAUCCAGCAGGAGCUGGAUACCCUCAUCGCGGCAGGACAUGAUACAUCAUCCCGAGCUCUCAUCUCCACUCUGGUGCUCGUUGGAACACAUUUGGAUGUCCAAAAGAAGAUUUAUGAAGAAAUACUGGCCGUCCUAGGCUCCAGUGCGGACUUGUGCAAGGAAGACAUGGCGAAGCUGGUGUACACGGAGGCGGUCAUUAAAGAGGUGCUGCGAAUCAGCCCUGUGACUCCCAUCAUCGCGAGGGAUAUCGACAAGGAGCUUAAACUUAGUAAGUUAAUGAUGAUUUUAGGUAUGAUCUUCUAUUUAUUAUGGGUAAUCAAAUAUACUCUUCCUGCCCUACGGGGUGCCCUGAGGAUGGGGGCGCUGGGCACGAGCCCAGUGUGCCCUUAUGGUAAAGACGAGAACUACACCCUCCCAGCAGGCAGCGGUUGCAUUGUGUCCCUGUGGGGCAUACACCGCCUUCCAAUAUGGGGCCCGGACCGCAUGGAGUUCAAGCCAGAGCGCUGGCUGGACCCCUCCAAGCUGCCUCAGAACCCUGGCUGCUAUGGUGCCUUUAGCCUUGGAAGGCGGAACUGCAUAGGUAAAAACUACGCGCUGAUGUCGGUCAAGACCAACCUAGUGCACUUGGUACGAAAGUUCCACAUUACAGCCGACUACAGUAAAGUGAAACGAAAGUACGAUUUGCUGCUCAAGUACGUGGAGGGACAUCACAUCGCUUUAGAACUUAGGAAUUAGUCUAUCACGCAGCACAGAAAAACAGGCUUAGGCUAAGGGUUAG